UGUAUUCAUUUUGUGCAUGUGAUUGUCACUGAACUUCUCAGUUGCAUAUGUUCUGUUGCAACUGUCUGUUGAGUUUCUUGCCACUUUUAUCUUGUAUGCAAACUACUGUUACUGAAACAUUUUCAUUUCUCCCGUUCCACUGCAGCUCUCCUUUCAAAUGUGGACUGACCAAAUGCAGGAAACAUUAGAUUCAAAGAAAAAGGGGGAUUCUGCUUUUAAGCAUAAGGACUUUAGAACCACAAUUGAGUGUUAUUCACAGUUCAUUGAUGUUGGAACCAUGGUUUCUCCAACAAUUUUUGCCCGGCGUGGUUUGUCUUAUCUCAUGAAUGGCAUGCCUCAGGAAGCUCUGAACGAUGCAACGCAAGCUCAAGUAAUUUCCCCAACAUGGCACAUUGCAUCUUAUCUUCAGGCUGCUGCCCUUUCUGCCCUUGGAAAUGGACAAUGAAUCACAAGCAGCACUGAAGGAGGGUUCUAUGCUUGAAGCCAAAAGGAACUCUGCAGCUGGAAAGAAGUGAAAACCAAGGGUCUGGUACUGAAUUUGACACUCUUCAGUUUGGCUCUCAGCACAUAUAGAUGUUGCUCAUAAGGUUUCGAACCACGAAAGUCAAAGCUUCACUCAGUUCCAUGAUAUUAAGAUUUUGGUCAUUUUCCAUUAAAUGUUUGAUUUGAUUUCUUGUCCAUUAAAUGUUUCCAGUAUACGAAUUACUCUGGAAAAAUGGAAAGAAAAUAAAUGUUGUAAACAACAGUGGGAGGAAAAAAGCCUGUAAUUUGUGUACAGAAUACAUCAAAGAUUCCUGGUGUAUUAUUUCUGAA